CAGUGCCAUCAGUGCCAACCCUAGUAAUACUCUGCCACUAACAAGCUUGGCUUCCAGUAGUCAGCGAUCAAGUCCCUCAAUCCCUCAAUCUCCCAGAUUCAAUUUCAAAACUCUUGUACUCUUUACCUAGUCCCCUUCAUAUCACGAGGACUCUCGCAACCACAGUGACACUGGCCGGGCGGCGUCUGACUUGACCAGACAUUGCGCUCGACAACCAGUAUUGACCGCGUUCACUUCACGUCCACCCUCCCUGCUGCGCGGAUAAUCCUUAAGUCCGGACGAGCCCUUUCAGCCAGGCACCAACUGCGACCGCCUCAAUCACUCUCCCUUCGUUGUGCUGACCGGCGCGCAGCAAAUCUAACGGAAACCCUCAUACUUGAUUUCUAUUGGAAGUGGAUUACACAAGUGCCAACCGGAAGACAGGCUUCGAGCAACGCGCAUCGCAAGCCUCUGCUACAAUUUUCCCCCAGAUUGGCGGGGUUGAGAGCCAUAACAACAUUGUACAGAGAAUCCUCAAAAUGACUCCUACUCCUCCCUCGGCGAAUUCAUCACACUCGGGCGCUUCUCCAGACCAAUUUCGAGUGGUGCGAAAACGAAAUCGAAUCCCUUUAUCGUGCGCUCCUUGUCGGCACCGCAAGCUCAAAUGCAACCGACAGCAACCAUGUGAUAAUUGCACAAAGCGCGGCGAUAGUGCAUCGUGCGCGUAUGCCGCCCCUGCGGCGAGAAAGAAGGGCAGCUCAAGUCAGAGCGCCUCUAAUUCUACACCAGAUGAUAUGCAGAAUCGGAUAGACCGCCUGGAAGGCCUCGUUCUGUCUCUAAUGACCAACGGCUCGCAGGCCGUCGGUCCGGCGGCCGCCCAACAUGCGCUGUCGACCGGGACAAGCACUGCCGGAAGUGGUUCUUUGGGUCCGCCGCUUGACAAUGAGCUCGACGAGACUACCAUGAUGGAAGAUGGGGAUGGCCAAGAAGUCGAAAGUGAGACUGAUGGCGUGACGCAGAGCUUUGGCAUCCUGAAAGUUGACGCAGAGAGACAAAAGACGUUUUAUGUUGGUGAAGCACACUGGGCUGCCUUGCUGAAUGAAAUCGGUGAGGUCAAGAAUUACUUUCAUGCUCAUAAAAAGGAGUACGAAGCGCAGAUGGAGAAAGUCGAGCAAGCCAGAAAAGCCAUGGGUACGGAUGUCGGCGCAGGACCGGCUCUGUUAUUUGGAUCGAGUGUGCCCCCUAGUCGAGCAGAUAUUCUCGCCCAGAUCCCGUCUCGAUAUAUGUCGGAUAUCCUUAUCGGACGAUAUUUCAACACUUUCGACCCAGCCACCCACAUUUUGCACGGUCCGACUUUCCAGAGGCAUUAUAAUCAACACUGGCAGGAUCCGUCCAAGAGCUCGAUCGUCUGGGUCGCUAUGUUAUUCGCCAUGAUGCGACUGGCCAUGUUGUCAUACGGAAGAGAGGGCGAUGAACCGCCCGAGUUUAGGGGCAAGUGCCAGGAUUACUCCGCCAACUUCCGCACGCAGAUGGCACACUGUCUCAUCACAGCCGACUACACGAAACCGCACAACCACAUCAUUGAGACCUUGAUUUUCCACUUACACGCCGAGUACACUUCGAAUCGAGAUGCAGAAGCGAGUGUCUGGGUACUGGUUGGCAUGAUCGCUCGCCUGGCCAUGCGAAUGGGAUACCAUCGAGAUGCCAAGCUGUUCCCCAAUUUGACUCCUUUCGAGGGAGAAAUGCGACGUCGUAUCUGGACGUUCGUGCGCAGCGCUGAUCUGCUGUUUUCGUUUCAGGUGGCUCUUCCCUCGAUGAUCCGCAUUGGAGAUUCGGAUACUGAACUGCCGCGGAAUAUCUACGAUGACGAAUUUGACGAGGACUCGACAUCACUUCCUCCAGCGCGGCCUGCCAGUGAAGCCACACCCAUCUCGUACAUGAUUGCCAAAGGGAGACUCUCGCUCGGCUUCGGUCGGGUUCUGGAAGAGAUCAAUGGAGUCAACCGGAAAGGCUACGAUGAAGUGCUCAAGAUUGACCGCGGCCUGCGAGACAUCUAUGAAAGCAUUCCCGAGCAUCUCAAGCUCCGACCUAUGGCUGAACAAACAUUGGCUCCGAUCUCUUUGAUCAUGGCCAGAUUCGGCCUGGCAACUGUGUACCACAAAUCUCAGUGUGUCCUUCACCGGCGGCAUUUGCGCCUUGCCCGACCUGGCAACCGAUACAUGCAUUCGAGGAGAACUUGUAUAGACUCGGCUAUGCAGCUCUUGAGUUUCCAGGCCAUUCAACAUCAACAGAGCCGGGAACGUGGACGAUUGAGGAGUCUGCGAAAUCAUGUCAAUUCACUGACAGCACACGACUAUCUUCUGGCGGCCACCGUGGUGUGCAUGGACUUGUACAGCCAUCGCGAGCGCAGCGAAAAUGAUGUUAGUACCCCUAGCACGUCAGUCAGUGGAGGCAGCAUCAGCCAGGGAAGCAACAUGUCGGAAGGAGGGGCAUACGUACCAGGUCUGAGUCAUACGCGCGAAGACUUGAUCCGCGCACUCGAGGAGAGCCGCGAUGUCUGGAUGGCGAAUCGUGAUUUCAGCAUCGAAGCCUACAAGGCCAGCGAAUUGUUGAAUGUCCUGCUGUAUCACAUCAAGAUUCCGUUCUCUCCGAGCAAUCCUCAGCACACCCAGCUUCCGAUGAACCCCCAGCAGACGCCGGGAUCGAGUAAUGAUGAGCAGACAGCAGCGAUGACGCUGGGCAUGCUUCAGGCAGGAGGUUUGGCUUCGGGACAGCCCGGUAACGUGAAUCAAGCACCUUCACCGGGCAUUCAGUGGGACAAGGUGGCGGCAAAUGCAGGGUUGGGUGCGAGCAACGAUCAAUUCAAUACUGGACUCUUCAGCUCUGGGUCGAACAACGCGCCAAGCCCUUUCCCAGCCGCCUUCUUCAACGGAAUGGCCGAUUUUGGUACAAAUAUGAACCUAGAUUGGGAAGCAUGGGAUCAGUAUAUGCAACCUCAAAAUCUGGGACUAGAUCCGGCCGCGAACUUGUGGUCGAGUAGCUCGUCUAACAACAAUUUGUUCACGCAGUCACCGGACGCUGCUAAUGAUGCGUCGUUCGGGAUGGGAGGGCCCGGCUUCUUUACACAGAAUACCAUCAGCAGUAUGAUGAGCGGGUCGACGGACAGUAUGCCGAAAUCAAAUGAUCAGAUGCCGAACUUGACGGCGAAUUCGACCAGUCCGCCGGGAAAUGAUAACAGUGGCGCGGGAGAGGUUUUCAUGGGAGUGUCGACGCCACAGCCUGGCGGAGUUCCAAAUUGGAAGUGGACGGUUAUGAGCGACAAGAAGUGAUAUUCGAAGGAUGGAGGAAAUGCGAUGAGCUCAUGCGUGAUUGAUACCCGAUGAGAUGAUGAAUGGGAUUUGAAUUGAAUUUGGGAAUAUGUAACGAUAGUUGGAUAUCGGUCUGGAUGAGGCGAAGCCUUAAAACGAGAAAAAGGGCCAUCAAAAGGGGAAAUGUUGUUGACGACACUGCGGUAGGUACUAGUAGUGGUUCCGUUUAUAUGGGAUGUACUGGAUCUGGUCGGAGAUAGGUAUAGAGGUAACCUGACUCUUCUCUGGUGUUUGUCGUGGCACUCGGGGGUACCAUCAUACCUGACUACCUGGUAGCAUUCGAGAGGA